AUGUCCCAAGUGAAGCUAACCCUUCGACAGCCUCCAAACGUCGAAUUCGUCCAUGGAUACCCCGGCAUUCCUUCGGGAGGUACAGACAGGCCACAGGCUGCCGUAAAAGGCGCUAUCGAGGUCAGAGUCGGACCUCAGGGAGUCAAAGCAAAGUGGCUCCGCGUGGAGCUGCGCAAAGUCGAGCAGAUUCCGAUGACAGGAGAAAAUACGUUUUUCGAUUAUGUUGGACCCAGUCCGGUCAACGUCUGGACAGCACCAGAGGAGUGGGAGGUAUUGAAGUCGUCGGACUUCCCAUUCGAUAUUCGCAUACCCGAGUCCAUUCCGCCGACACUCACCUUAGAGGGGCGUGUGGGUAUCAAGUACGAACUCAUUGCCAGCGUGUGUACGAAAGGUAAACGUGGCUUCUUACGCAAAAGAAAGUCAAACGUUGUGUCGACCCAAAACGAAAUCGUCAUCGACAAGCACGAUCUGCACUCUACGUGGCCAGUGUACUGCCAGACUGAUGUACGGCGAGUUGAGCUCGAUGGUGUCUCUUUGACCGUCGAGCGUCAUCAAACCUGCUAUGGCCCUGGCGACCGUGUUGCUGUAUUCGCCACGGUCAGGUCCGAUAACCUUCAGACUGUGAUACUUCGUGGCUUCGAGCUGUCUAUUCGUGAAUCGAGAACAUUUCGCGCUGGAGCAUUCACCGGGGGCCGAAAAACUACGCCAGUAACGCGAGUCGGCAACAUCCUUGAAAACAAAUUUGCUGUCAAUAUGACUCUUAUGGGGGGAAUGCAGCACAAGGCAGAACUAUCAUCUACCGUAUCUCCGAGUCAUACGACGACGACACUUAAUUCUGCCAGGCAUAUUGAUAUCAAUUAUGUUUUGUGCGUCAAAGCUAUCAUGGGCACAGGACAUCCUCUGGUGAUGGAUCUUCCCGUCAUCAUGUCUAACUGGCCGAGAAAUGUUUCGCAGGAAGCCAUACGACGUAUCGGACCCGCACCCGGUCUGUCCCUCUUGGCUCCGCACUCUGUUGUCACUUCUGUAGAACCAUCACCUGCGGCGCGCCAUCAACCCAUUCAAUCGCAGAGCUAUAGUGGCCGACCUUCUCAGCCGGACACAGUGGCCGUCAAAUCACCUGUAGCAAGUACUUUUGCUUCACCAGCCCAGCCUCGAACGAAUGGACAUGCGAAUGUGAAGACGGAUGAGUUUGGCUAUGGUGUUGGCUACGGACACAAAUCCACGCCCUCAAAGUCCAAUAGCAUUGAGGGUGAGCAAAAGGAAAGGGAAACGGGAGCACGACGGCCCUCGUCUUCAGGCACGAGUGUGAGUGCAAGAUUAACUAUCACCAAUGCUUUACCCUCGGAGAUACCGGAGGCUCCCCGUACUAAUGGCCGGACACGUUCUGGUAGCGGGCGUGCCUGGCCUACCGCCGAGGACGAGAAACAGAUGUAUCAUCGUGCCAAAGCUAGAGUUGAACAGGUCCAAGGGAGCGUUGCUAGAACGCCUUCGCCGACACCUACUACUUCGCGUCUCAGUCCACCGCCUAUUGCCCACCCUCAACCGCGAUCAGCGGUGAAACAUGGUCAGUGGCCUACUGCAGAAGAGGAGAAGUUCCUCGCUGCCCAGGCUGCUGUACAGAGAACUCAGGGUAUUGAAAUCAUCGUUCCAGCUAGUGAUGCUACUCGUCCAACCCGAAACCCAUCAAUAUCGAAAUCGCUACCGAACGGUGCCGGCUCGACUACGAGCCCGCGCGAAAAGAAGUCCGCUUCCGGCAGCAAAGUUAUUCAGUACCCUUCCGCAGCUGACGAGAAAGCGGCACUGAAGCGAUACAAUGAAGCUAAACAGGCUGUAGAUCGUACGCAAAACGUUGGCCUGCUUAACGGUGUCGGGCCAGGACCGGUUGCCUAUGACUCGCUCUAUCCUUCCUCUUCGAAACAUUCACCUCCUACACAUGACGAACCACCUCCGUUUGAGGCAGCCGCAGGCUCCUCCUCUUCAGGGUUCGAGUCAGCUUUGCAAGAGAAAGCUCGCAUGCGUCGUGCGAUGGAAGCGUCUCAAUCGCACAGUCCGCCUCCACCCUCGAUAGAUGAAGCACCAGCGUAUGGAUCCCCGCCUCCCUUCGCUUCGGGUGCUCCCUCGGCUGCGGCAGCUCUGUAUGCGUCAGGUCUCUCAGAGAAAGAGAUCCUGCGCCGGAAAUUUGAAGCUCAGGACGCAGAAGCCAUGGCCAGCGGGAGCGGGAGCGGACGACCUCCCGUCACGCCACCUCGCUCGAUGUCCUCAAUGACACGGCGCUCCUCCUCAAGACCGACACCAACGCCUCCAUCUUCGAGUUCGAGGGUCAUGACAGCCGCCGAGGAAAAGGCGAUGUUGAAAGCCAAGUACGCGACGGAGGAUCAGGUCAACGGGAGUAAUGGGAGUAUCGCGUCGAGUUCCUCUUCGUCGGCGCCUGCUCCUGCCCCUCCCCCGCUGAUGCCCCGGCCUCCGGCUGAGUACAUCCAGGAAACGCAAGAGGAGGAUGCACGUGUGUCCAAGAUGGUCCACGAGGACGGGGCGCUGGCCCUGGAUGAUGAUGAUGAUGCUCUUCCGCUGCCCAAUGGGAAUGGGAGUGCUGCCGAACCUCUGAAACCCUUCUUCGCUAACGUUCCUCCACCGCCGUUGCCCCCCAAACCGCUUUCUCCCCCGCCAUCAUGA